AUGGACGUCAUAACAGAAACUAGUUUAGAAGCUCUUCUUCAACGAGCUACUGAUUUUAGAAAUAAAGCUACUGACACAGCUGCAAUUGAAGCGUUUUGUGGAAUAAUUAAAAAAGAACCUGAAGGGCCUUGGAUAGCUGCAAAAUUAAUUGCUUCCAAAAUUCAAUCUUCAGAAGAAUGGGAAGCAUUACAGGGUCUUGGAGUACUGGAGACAUGCAUGAAAAAUUGUGGAUCAUCUUUUCAUUCUGAAAUUGGAAAAUUUAGAUUUCUAAAUGAAAUGAUUAAACUAGUAUCCCCUAAGUUUUUGGGACCAAAAACUCCUGUAUCUGUAAGAAAUGAAGUUUUAAAAAUGAUGCACGAUUGGACAUUACAUUAUCCUAAAGAGCAUAAGAUAAAAGAAGCCUAUGACAUGCUUAUCAAGCAAGGAGUCAUUGAGAAAAAUUCUAACUCCACAGAGGGAAAUUCAAAAGCUUCUUCGGUGGUUCACUUACCUCAAAAAGAAAACACACUUUUUGAAGAUGAAGAAAAGGCAAGAUUAUUACAAAAAUUAUUACACAGUAAAAAUCCAGAUGAUCUUCAAGCUGCCAAUAGACUAAUUAAAACUAUGGUAAGAGAAGAUGAAAAGAGAGUUGAAAUUAAAAGUAAAAGAAUUAGUGAAAUAGAAACAAUUAGAAACAAUGUCAGAUUACUUAGUGAAAUGUUGGAGACUUAUAAACCUGAUUCCUCAUCUAGUGAUGAAUUUGAUUUAAUUAAAGAAUUGCAUCUCAGCUGUGAAAGACUUAAACCAAAUAUUAUGAGACUUGCAUCAGAUGUUCAAGACAAUGAUGAGUUUUUAAAUCAAGUUUUAUCUGUAGAUGAUGAAUUGGAUCAGGUAUUGAAAAAAUAUAAUACAAUUAUCUCUGAAAAAAAAUCAUCAUCUUUCAAUUCAUUUAUCGGUGAAGAAUCUAAAAAUAUGCCUGCUUUAUUGGAUUUAAGCUCUCCAAUUAAUGAUAUUGUGCCUCUUUCUCUAGAAUCCAAUGAAAAUUAUGAAGAUAUAUUAUGUAAACCCAUUCCAAAUACAGGUUCAAAUUAUAUGAAUUCUUUGCCUUCGAUAAUUUCAAAUACAGAAAGUUUAGAACCGAUAAUAUGUGAAAAUAAGUCAUCAAAAAAUUCUUUGGAUGCUGUUUUUUCAUCACUGAGUUACCAAAGUAAUAAUAGUUUAGAACCUUUAGGUUGUCAAAUGCUUGAUCAUCAGCCUAAACCAGAAAAAGUUAUAACGUUACAAAAAAAUAAUAAAUUAAAAGCUUUAAAAGAAUUAGAUAUAUUGAGUGAAACAUUAUUGCAACAGUGUAAAGUCAAUGCUAACCCAAAUAAAAAUGAUACAAACAUCCUUUGUCUCGAUACUGAAAAUACAGGUUCAUCGAAUACAAUAAUUAAAAAUAAAUCGAUAGACACAGAAGUUUGUGAAAAGAAUGAUAAAUCCACUGAUCUCUUAAAUAAAGUUACAUCACCUGAAAAAAAUGAAAAAUCAUCAGACACAGUUGACUCCAAAACAAAAGAAGACAUAAAAUCUCUGACAGACAUUUUUAUAUCUUUAGACAAUAUUAAACCGAGUUCUAUCCCUCCGAUAAAUUUAAUUGAAGAAAAAAAUGGGAUUUCAGUUACGAUUCAUGUUGCAAAAGAUACUCCAAGAGAAGAUGUGACUGUUUUUGUUAUAACUACCCUUAGUAAAAAUUCAUCAUCAUUAACUAACUACCUGUUUCAAGCCGUUGUACCUAAGAGUUGUAAACUAAAACUUCAACAACCUUCUGGAUCUGAAUUACCUGCACACAAUCCAUUUUUACCUCCAUCAGCAAUAACUCAAAUCAUGUUGAUAGCAAAUCCAAAUCGAAUUAAAGUAAAUUUAAAAUGUAUGAUUAGUUACACGAUGGAUGGUGAAUCAUUUACAGAAAUGGGAGAAGUUGAAGAUUUGGCCAACUCACCAUAA